AACUGGAGGCUUUGUUGGUUUUUUUUCAUUUCCCUCAGAUUGAAUCUCAUUUGCCCACCUGUUUUGGACAUAGCAUUCGUUCUGGACACCUCUGGAAGUAUAGAGGAAAUCUACAACGAACAAGUUCGAUGGACUGUCUCCCUAACAGAUGCAUUACCAAUUGCUAAGGAUGCUGUACGGUUAAGCACGAUACAAUAUGCUGGCUAUCCACUGACCGAAUUCAGUCUCGAUACUUACAACGACAAGGGUGACGUUGAACGUCACCUUCGGGAAAUGUCAUUCCAGUCAGGUGUGACUAGAACGGGAUAUGCACUGAGACGAGCUGAAGACGAACUUUUCAACGAGGACCGAGGUGCAAGCAAAAUUGUUGCCCUUUUCACUGAUGGGUUGUCGAUUGACGAUCCACUAAAGCCAUCUGAACAUUUACGGCUUCUUAGAGGAGUAAAAAUCUACGUCGUAAGCGUUAGUGCCGAUGGAUUCGUGCCGGAAAUGCAACGAAUCGCUGGUGAAACAAUUUCCAACAUGAACUCUGCCUAUCUGGUCACGCUGUUGGACUUUAUUUUUCUAUUUCUAUCGUUUUUUUUUUCACUGAAUUCUCGUUAUAGAAAUCUACGGUGGACCAGUACCAUGAGUAUCAUAAACAACUUAUUUCAGAUAAUGUUCACAUCGACUACGAUGAAUCCUAUGCAGUUCUUGCGAACAACGAAGGCUAUCACAAAUAUACCGGACAUCACUUUCAGUUCCCAAAAUCAGAGCCCACCAUCUACGCUUCCAUUCACCCACGAAGGAGUAAUGGAGAGAAAACGAGCAUUUGCGUCGAAGACCACACUAUUCGACGAAAAAUCCACCGCGUUCCCUACCCCACAUGAAGGAUCUGUGGGAGAACCACGAUCGUUCGUUCCACGAACUGAAUUUGAUAAACCGGAAUCGGCUAUGUUUCCUACUCCCCAUGAAGGAGCCGUAGGGACACCACGAGCAUUUGCUCCGAAAAUCCUCCAAGGCAUCGCUCUACGACAUAGGCCUGAGGUAACAGUGCCCCCAGUGCCCUCUACAGAAGCUCCUCGAAUAAGACCGGAGGUAACAGUGCCACCAGUGCCCUCUACUGAAGCUCCUCGAAUAAGGCCUACGGUAACAGUGCCGCCAGUGCCCUCUACAGAAGCUCCUCGAAUACUGGCUCCAGUACUCGCACCUCUACCUUUGGCUACACGAGUUUCCCAGAAUGAUGGUAAGUCCCCUGCUCACAGAACAAUCGUCAUCGUUAAAAUGAAGAAUGUUUCAGGUAGUUCCCGGGGAAAAUGUCCGCUUGACAUUCUGUUCAUCGUUGACAGUUCAGGGUCUGUUGGAGAGAUCUAUGAAAAACAAAAGGAAUUUCUGUUAGACUUGUUAUCGUCAAUCGAACCGGAAAACCAGUCGCACAGAGUCGGGCUCAUACAGUUCGCUGGUGCAAAACUCCAAAAGACCGAAUGGUCGUUUGAGACAUAUCGCGACCACUCAGGAUUGAUGCAAGCAUUCAAUGGAGUACGUCAUUUUACAGGUACGGCUUGUACCACAUACAUUGGCGCUGCCUUGGAGUCGGCAGUUCAGCUAUUGGGAUCUCGACGUCCAGACGUCACAACGCUGGUCAUAUUGAUCAGUGAUGGAUUCUCUCAAGAUGAUGCAGUACGUCCUGCAGAAGUAAUCCGAGCAAUGAAAAAUGUCGAACUCUAUGCUGUCAGUCUUUCCCGACUCAGCAAUCGGAGUUAUCUACAACAAAUAGUCAAAGACGAGGAGAAGAUAUCAAUGGAUAAUGAUACGAGUUACUUUGGUAAUCGCCUUAAGUCCCGUAUUAAUUGUGGAUAUUGA